AUGGAGGCUAAGGGAUCUGGGGGGAUCCGUGCCCCGGGACCCCAGGGCACAUCUACACCUCGUGCUUCCCUGGAUGAGGCCGGUGUGCUCGGUGGGAAAUCGGCCCAGCCCUGGGCUCUCACUGGCCCGGGCGGGGCGGCCCGUCCCGGUGACUGGCGGCAGAGCCUCCCCCGCCGGCUCGCGUCCUAUAAGACCCGCCGCAGCCCACAGCCCGCUCCCCACGCCGCCGCUCGCCAUGAAGGCCGUGCUCCUCGCUCUGCUGGCCACCCGCCUUGGCCCUGCAGCCAGGCGCCGCCCCUGCAGUGCUACUCGUGCACCGCCCAGGUGAGCAACCGGGACUGCCUCAACGUGGAGAACUGCACCCAGGGCCAGACGCAGUGCUGGACGUCGCGCGUGCGUGCCAUCGGGCUGGUGACGGUCAUUAGCAAGGGCUGCACCUCCAACUGCGUGGACGAUGCGGAAAACUACUACGUGGGGAAGAAGAACAUCACCUGCUGCUCCGCUGACCUGUGCAACGCCAGCGGGGCCCGCGCCCUGCGGCCCGCGCCCCGCCUGGGGCUGCUCGCCCUGCUGGGCGGCCUGCUGUGGGCCACGGGCCCGCUGUAGCCUCCGGGGCGCCCGCCUGCGGCCC